UUGUAUUUAGAUGGCCACUUUGAUCGGCCUGCUGUGGCGUCGGUGUUGCGUACAGAGAGUGAUCGUGUGCCACAUGUUCUCGUUAGUCAGGCGAGUACAGAUCUACGUAGAACACGCUCUGAAAGUCAGCUGGUGAAAGCGCUGGACUCGAUAUCAAUCAGUUCGUCAGUAUCAGGUGGCAUGGAAGAUGAAAUCAUCUCGGUCUACACUCUGAGUUCCCUUGGAAGCGAGCCAACUGGCGAUCAGCUGGUGCCAACAUUGGAUGAUAUUGUCGAUCAUGAUGGCACCCUUACACCGAGUGUGCUCACACCACGCGCUAAAGAUGACACAUUGACACCGGGAAUGACGAUGGCAAGUGUGGAGAAAGAAGUCGCAGCUGCUGGGCUAGUGCCGCCGACCUCACUGGAAGGUCAAAUGGCAGAGAGUGUAAGUUCCAUUGCAUCAUCGCUUUCAUUGGCGACGGAAGACGGUGCAGAUGAAGAUGGUGGUCUCAAUCGGAAUCGGCCUUCGAGCACGAGGAAGCAGCGUCUUCAUGUUGCCUUACAAGCAAGUAAACGUAAAGUGUUGGACUUGAUGCAGAAGCGGCGUCCUGUAACUCCGUCGAGCGCCGACAAUGUCGAAAUGGGGGCAGAUGCUGGAGACUUGGACGGUGGUGGAACGGAUCCAGACAGAGAAUCUCCAUUACCAUCGAAUGGAAAACACAGUCCGGUUGAAAUGCAAGUUGUAGAUAAGAAGGAGAAGCGAAAGAAGAGUAAAAACCGAUCUCCAUCAACACUUCAUACGCAAUCAGUCCAGGGCUUACAAGAUUCUCCAACAUCAUCUGUGGGUUACGCUCGAUCAAAAACCACUAAAUCGGUUCACUUUCGUGAGAAUGUUCUUUGGGGCCAAUCGCUUCACUACGAGUUGGAUGGAACCUUUUCGUCACCAUCGAAAGUAUCGUGUAAAUAUUUGAACAUUACUGUCCACGCGAAGGAAGCUCCUACAACAUCAGCGGCAAUUCCCACAGAAGCCACACCAGGAAGUACCCAGGCUCCGUCCGUACCAGAAGUGGAACCACCGAAACCAAUUCUUCUAGGAUAUACGUCGCUCUAUGUCCCACAGAUUCUUGAUGAUUGUCAGUUGACACUAUCAAAUUGCCAUCGUGAGGUUUACCAGCUGAAACCACCAACAGGAAUUCAGUCAAUCAAUGAACCGUCAACUUCCGAAUUUUCUCGUCAUGCCGGCCAUGAUCCUCGUCUGUGCUACGGAGAUGUUACAAUCGGCUUCCGAUUCUUCCCAGGAGGCUUACCGCAAGGUGCUGGAGCUGUGGGUAUUGAUGAGAGUGAUGAAGAACUACGGGUUGAAGAAGUGGUGGAAAGCGCGAAAGCAAGCGUGCUCUCGUCAGCUGUGGUCAACCCAACCAACCAGCAUGAGUGGAAGCCGUGGACCAGUAAGAGUGGAAGUGCGAUGUGUUCGAUGUGUCGUGGAAAGAUCUGGUUGAAAAGUGCCAGCCGCUGUCAACGAUGUCUCGUCGUCUGCCAUCAUAAAUGCGUGGAAAAGGCCGCCUCUGGAAUUGCGUGUACGCCUCAUGCGAUCACUCAAGCAGACGCCGAAUUCGCUGAACUUGAUGUUGAUGUGAAUGAACAACAACGAGCUGAGUGUCCUACGAGUGUAAUUCCUGCCACCCCGCAGACAACCCAGCCUCCUCUGUCAGCUAGAGCUCCUGGAGAAGAUGUUGAACUGACAUCUCGUCGUACAAGGCUACGAAACAAAAUGACGGAGAAAUUCUCGUCGUGGAGACGUGGCGGCAAGAUGACAUCAAAGCUCGAGCUAGACGGGUCUGGUAAUCGUGAGUCAGAACAAUCAACAGGCACUGCUGUGGAAGGUGAAGCGUUGCUGAGUCCAAUGGCUAGCAUACAAGACUGCUUAGCCGGAUGUGUAUGCCGAAAUUUGAAAUGGGGUUCCCCGUUCAUAGGGGUCUAG